GACAAGAUGCCUUUGUAGAUGCAGUCCCACGAUUGCUCAUUAGCAGAUGAGGCUUCUUUUACAAAGAUCUUUAACUUUUGUAAACUCUUUUCUCUUAGUUCACACUGCCAAAAAGGAUGUUGUGUUCCUCCUUGAUGGUUCAGAUGGCACAAGGAAUGGCUUCCCUGCCAUGCGUGAUUUUAUUGAAAGAGUGGUGGAGAAACUCGAUGUGGACCACAACAGAGAUCGUGUGGCCGUUGUUCAGUUCAGCAGAGACGCUGAGGUCCAUUUUAAUCUGAAUGCACAUAGAACAAGGGAGGACAUUGUGGAUGCAGUGAGAAGACUACAGCACAGAGGAGGAAGGCCCCUGAACACGGGGGCAGCCCUCCAAUAUGUCAGGGACAACGUGUUGACAAACUCCUCAGGGAGUAGGCACCAUCAGGGUGUUCCACAGACGCUGGUCCUGAUAACAGGGGGAAGGUCUUUUGACAACGUAGAUGCCCCGGCCAAUGCUCUCAAACAGCAGGGUGUCUUUGUGAUUGGCAUUGGAACCAGGACAUCUGACAGUAGAGAGCUGCAGAGGUUAUCUUAUGAGCCUAGAUACGCUCUCGCUGUGUCCGAGUUCACUGACUUGCCCAGUGUCCAAGAACAGCUCUCUUCAGUAAUGAGCACGGUUCAACUGAGGCCUACUACACCUUUGACCACAGUAGUGACUGGUAAGACAGUGAUUCAAUACAUCUUCUAUAAUCUUGCCAAAACACAUAGUAAACUAUAAUUUUUUAGACUUGUUUAACUCUGCCUAUGCAUGUGAAAUUCUAAAAAAGUAACAGUUCUGGUAGAAAGAGACAAACUUUCUAAGCAAACAGUUGGCUUUUAUUAUUCGACUCUCAUGUAGGUACGUUUUAUCAUGCAUAGCUAAGAAUGUUUUAAUUCUUAUGUUCCCUAGUGGUGAGACAACCAGCUGGAAAGGAUUUGGUCUUCUUGCUUGAUGGAUCUGAUGGCACUAGAACUGGCUUCACAGCUUUGAGAGACUUUGUGCAGAGAGUAGUAGAGACACUCAAUGUGGAUGAAAACAAAGACCGUGUCUCAGUGGUUCAGUACAGCAGAGAUCCAUCUGUCCAGUUCUAUUUUAACACGUACACAACCAAAAGCGAGAUGCUUGAAGCUGUCAGAGGUA